AUGUCGAGCACCUCAGCUUCAACCUCUACUGCUCCCACCCAUCGACAUGCUCUGACUGCGGUUGAGAAGCAGCGCUCCCAGCUGGAAAAGCUUCUAAAGGAUCCUGCCAAGCCAGUAUAUAUACCCCCUCCACCUAAAGAGAAAACGAUACGGCCUGCCAGAGAAAUGAUGAAAAACGUUCAGGGAUCAAGUGCAGGUGCGGGAAGUGGUGAAUUUCAUGUAUAUAAAGCAAGUCGGAGACGAGAAUACGAACGCUUGAAGCUUCUUGAAGAAGCCUCCAAUAAGGAAAUUGAAGAUGCCGAGUUUGAAAGGAGACGACGCGAGACAGAAGAACUAGCCAAUGCCAAAACGGUCAAAAAUCGAGCGAAGAGGCAGAAAAGAAAGGAGAGAGCGAAAACGAAAGGAACUCGAAAAGAUGAAAGCGAGGCACCGGCUCAGGAAACCUCAGAUUUACCGAUCAAGAAAAGGAGAAUUGUUAACGGGGAAGAAAUGGUGUUCAGAAAACCUACAGAAGCCAGCGACGAUUCCGAUGACGAAGGUCAACUUUUGCGGGAGCCUAAGAAUAUUGAGACGUUAUCGCAGCAUGCACCCGAACCUGCCUCGAUUGCCAUUGAGCCCUCGCGUAUAACCAUAUUAGAAGAUGAUUAA